UGUAUGUGUUGCCUAUAAAUUAACAACAUUAGGUUAUCUCUGCAGAAAGAUUAUAAUUUUUCUCCCAGGAAAAAUUUUCAUUAGUCAUUAUCAUUAGUCUUUCACUUUCACAUUUUUGAGAACACUGAAUGCAGCUGUCUGCAGUGUGUGUAGAGGGUGUGUGCAUUAUAAAUACACCAGUCUACUGAGACACUUCUUCGGUUCACGAUGGGAAAUGAUCAGGUGAAACUGUGACGGAUGCGGAGUGAAAAAUGGAUUCUUUGCAGAAAACGGACCCUUCAGCUGAGGACGGUGCUCAAACUAAUCCUGCUGAAGCGUGGACAGAUCUUACAAAGGAUGCAGACAGGCUUCUUCAGAGAGGUCCUCAAGAAACAGCAGGAUGGCUGCAACCAGAAACUGCUAACACAGGAACAGAGAACCAGCUGACAGCUGAGGCUACCUCAGAGAAAACGGGCACACAUGGCAGACAGGAACACACAACACCGACAGGUGACUUGAAAGACAAUCCACCUGAGAAGGAUGUUCUAGAGGACCCCACGGUUUCGUCUGAAACUCCAGUUAAAGGGUCAAACUAUGAACAAUACACGUCACAUCAACACAGUGGGACUGGACAUAACAGUGAAAAUGUCAUUCACGUAAAAUUUUAUGCUGCUCUUCAGAAGGGAAUUGCUACUGAAAAUGAUAAGAUGUAUCUUGUUAUCCAAGCACAAAAAAUAGAGAUGACUCCAAUAAGGGAUGAUGAAGCUGGUCGGAUGUUCACACUUGACCUACUUCUUGAAAAGACAACAGCAUGUACGUUUCAUUACAUAUAUUGUCUCAAUGACAAAUAUGAAACCAUUGAAGAAAAUCAGAAGUAUGAAUACAGGAAAUUGUUCAGAAACAUCUCUGAGGAGGAUGUAGUCUUCCAUCAGUUUGAUGAUGUAUGCAUGCAACCAGUUAGAUGGUGGAACAAGACUAUAGAGACUAAGACAAGACGAAGGGAAUUCAUUCAGUCAACAUUCACACAAUUGAUGGUUUGCACAAAUGAUGAUUUAUCAGAGAUGCACACUAAAGUUAAUUUUUUUCAUCAGUGUCUCCAAACUAGACGUGUUUGCAUCCCUGGAACAGAGCCUACAAAAUUUCAUAUAUCACAUGACAAUUUAAAGGGAACACUGGACGAAGCAUUUAAGUGUGCAAUUAAGGCAUCAAAAGAUAACACUCCAGUUCAGUAUGUUCUUGCUGCAGCAUUUCUUCAAAUGUUUCUUGAAGUAAAUCUUGAAAAAAGCACAGUUGAAAAGCUCUCUAAAAUUAUUGAAAGAAAUGGCGACCUGCAAGGCACUCUGGCAAGUCUCAAAGACUCAGUGAGAAGCGAAUUGUCUGAAGCUGUGCAUUAUAUGUUCAACCGGACCUGCAACAAAUCACCAAAUGCAGCUGUUUGGUUUAUGGCUCUAUUUUAUGCAGUAUCUCCAGAAUCUGUUCAGCUGGUUGUACGCAGACAGCAUAAUAUGCUACAAAUAUCACCCAGGGACUUUGAUGAAAUGAUCAAGACCCACUUUUUGGUGAUAAACAAACACAAAGCAUUCAGAGCUAAUGUGUUAGACAUGGCUAAUCUAGAACACUUUCGGUCCUUAUUGGAACUCAACAUUACUCCAGAUGAACUCCUGUCACAGUUGAAAAAAUGGCAGGCCUUCAACAAUUUUCAUAAACUGCAUCAGGCUGUGGAAGAGUUUGCUUUGUGGAUUAAGAACUGGCUAAAACAAAGCACAGAAAGAUCAACUUCAGAAACACCGCAGAUGGAUGUACGCUCCUACCUGAGGAAAACACUGAACAUUCUUGAAGAUUCUUUGAAAGAUAGUAAUUGGACAGAAAACUGGUCCAAUGUCCUGUCAGCACUACAGCUUCUGAGUGCAUUCACUGACUAUUUUGACCAUCAUUCAGAUGAUAUGAACACAGAUGAUUACAGACCUGGUUUUUCUUGUGUAAAGGAGAAAAUGUCUGGCUGCAUCUCAAGGCACCACAAGAAAUUGUCAUUACAAGACUGGCGUGAAGUGUUUAAUCUUCGAUUGCCAAAUAUUUGGCAAAAAGACUGGGUGGAAAUUUUAAAGACACACUUCAGAAAUUCUCUGAAAAAGGAAAAGUUCCGUGAGCAAGUGGAAUUCUACUGUAAUUUGACUGUUUGUCCAGCAAUGGAGGAAUGCAUGUCAGUUUGUGUCCAAGAUGCAAUUAACAAGAUGGACAAGGGCAACCAGAAAGGACGGCAGUUUAAUUUGAAGGAUCUAUUGCGCUCAACAUCAGAGUCUCCUAAACGUGAAACACUGCUGUGCUUCAUUAUUGAAAGCAAACUAUGUGAUCUACACCAGUACCCUGAGAGCUGCCUUUAUCUUCUGUAUGAUCAACAGCUGAGAGAUGUUUUUUUGACAAUAACAGCCCAAAAGCAGAUGGACAAAAUCUGCAUGACACGUCCCCAGACAGAACAACUAAUACAAAAAGCUCGUGGUCUCCUGGGCCAACUGAUUGAGGAAAUGGUGGAAAAGUCAAUACCAUGCAAAUUAUUGAAAAGAAUCAUUGAAAAGAAACAACCUGCCAACAGUCACUUACUAGGAGAAAACUUGGACACAUUUCAGAAGACAAUAAAGGAAGCAGAGGAUGAUUUAAAAAAAAUUGAAAACCAGAAAAGCAAAGUAAAGAUACUCAAUGACCUUAACCAAGACAUGCCAGUUGAUGUAAAAUCUCUUGAGACAAUCUUGUCACUUGAUCUGGACAAGGAACAACGCUCACUGAAAAUAAUCAUGGACAUGUUGUUCAGCGAAGAACCUGGAAGUGACACACAUUUUCUCAAUAUUCAUGCAUUUGAACAUAUUAAUUUUCUGUCUAAAAGCACAUAUUUCAGAGAACUGUGGCGAGAAACAGCAAAACAAGCCAAGGACACGGAGUCUGAACAUGUAUUAAUACCACUGGAUCAAGUCUGUGAUAAAAUUUACAAACCAGCAUUUGAAGAAUUUCAAAACUCAUACAAGGCCUUGAAGAAUCUCUCGAUGAGUCUGCAGGACUUGGAGAGUAAACUGGGCACAAUUUUAAACAGCAUGCCAAAAGAACUGAAAAGAAUGGCAGAUGUGUUCAGUGAAGAUAAAUGUGAAUGGAUUCAGAAGACAUAUAAACACAUUGAACGUUACAGAGCUCUCCAGUCUGUAAAAGAAAAUGCAGAUGUGAUCAUUGAACUAAAAAAUAACCUUGGUCUAUGUGGAGACUUUAGUGGCAUUGAUAACCUUGAGCAUAUGGACUGCAAGCGCUUAUGUGAUCUCACUGAAAAUGUGUCCAAAGUUGAAAAGAAAUUGAGGAAAAUUCCAAUAAAAACAGUUCACUUUCUACGAGAACUUAAUAAAUGCAUCAGAGCAGGAUUCAUCUCAUGGAUUAAAGAAAUCAUAAAAGACACUCGAGAGCUAACUGCAUUUGUGGAGCUAGCCUCUAUCUCUGCUGGAGAAAAUACCAUGGACAUUGACAAAGUGUGCUACUUCAGAGAUGCCAUAUCUGCUGCUGCACCAAUAAUAUAUCAACUCUCAGAAAAAUCUGGAAUUGAAGAACUCCUGCAAGCUAUCAACACGCUUGAACCAGCUGUAACAAGUGACGAAAAACUGGAUGAAAAACUGAAAGACUCCUGUGGCAACAUGGAGUGGCUCAAAAUUGCUUAUGAGACUCAUGGAUCUGUUGAGAGAUCGUCUUUGCACCAAGCCACAGAUAUAAAUGAAAAUGGGAUUUACAUCAUCAAAAUUCCAUCUAAAGCUCAAACAAAGAUCAGUCUGGAAAAUUGCAUGACAUUAAAAUGCAAGGAUAUCUUGGUUGAUGGACAAGAUGUGAAAUACAGAACAUACAGCCUUGCUGAGCUUCAAGAACUGCGAAACAAACUGAUGCUGAUUACUGUCAGUGUUAAAAACCGAGAGGAUGAAAUCACAACUUACACUGAGGUGUUGGAGCAGAUAAUAAAUGUAGGAAAGUGCUUCUUCGAGCUCCGUGACGCUGGACAUAUUCUGUUUCAAGACUGGGAGAUGACAGCCUACUGCCAACAAACACAUGAUAUUAAAAUUUGGGUGAAAUUUGGUAUUACAAAUGUAGAGAUCAAAGGUUACAGACCCUUGCUUGAGGAGUUGAAAGGACUGUGUGAAAGCAUGAGAGGCUGUCUCUCUGAAUGGUUAAAGUACACAGAGCAGAAAAGGAACAUGUACUAUUACUUAAAUUACUUUACAGCAAAACAGCUGGUGUAUCUGUGUCGCUCUGUGGCUGAAUUUCGGAAUGAGUGGAAGGACAUUAGCACUGAUCUUCUUAACAUGUUAUCCAUCAUGAAGGACAACAUUAAAGAAAGUGAUGUGCAAAACGCACUUACCAAAGCACUUGAAACCCCAGUUGAAAGUGGUGGAUCACAAGCAUCGCUCGAGCUCAAGAAGUUCCUCAAUCAUUAUCCAGACACAAUAGAAUAUUUUCUUGAUACAGGAAUUACAGAGGAAGAGAUCAAAGCAGCAAUAAUGUUUUGUGAAGAUGAUCAAGAAGCAGAAGGUUUUAGAGAUUCAGAGACUAUAGAAGAGUACCAAAAUACUGUGAUGCAAUGCAUUGAUGAUCAUCAAAAUGAUGAAGAAUGGGCCCAGGAAUGGUGUGAGAAAUAUGAGACAAGACGGGAAAAUGUCCUUAAAAAUCAAAUGAAAUUCAAAGGUGGACUCACAACAGAAGAAGUGUCUUUUUCAAUGACAGAGGAGCAGAUUGCAGCAGCAUUUCAUAACUUGGAAAAUUCUGAUGAGAAGAUUGUAAUGCUUUGGAAAACGUACCACAACAAACUAUCAGGACUUGUAUCAGACAAGUUUGUAGACUUGGAUGUUCUUGGGGAAACCAUGAACCAGCUUGCCAAAUCUGCAGAAGUGACCGUGAAACGAAAACUGCCAAUCAUUUUGGAACAGGGCAAACCCAACCUGAUUUCCUGUAAAGAUGUUGAAAUGCUUUCACUUUGCUUAUCUCUGUACAGUGAUGCAGAGCAACCACUGCCAACCUAUGAUGAAAUACUGGUCUGUUCCUCUGAGACAACUGCAGAAGAGGUGGAACUGAUUAUCAGGAGAGCUGUACAGCCUGGCAGCCCACAGGAAAAGAUCUACUGCUUAUUAAAUGCAGACAAACUGAAUCAUGAUGUGUCCAGAAAAUUUGAGUCCAUUUUCUACAAAAAAACACAGGAGGCACAUGUCCAAGGAGGCAUGUAUAAGAGCGAUUACCAGUUAAUUAUUUUCUGUGACUCAAAGGCCCAUCACAGUUAUGUUGCCACUGCUUUUGACAUGUUUAAGAGGACAGUCUCUGAGAACCCAAAUCAAAAUAAGGAAAUUAAACAAUACCUCCUACACAAGCACCAGACAGCCUCAGAAGUUGAAACUGGAUUUACAAAAUUGAACCGUCCUGAUCAAUUUAAGCUGAAAACAAAACUCAUUUGCUCAGAACAUGCUGGCAUGGGAAAAUCCCUGUAUGUGAAAAAUCUUGUCAAAGUGUCUGAAGAAAACCUGAAAAGUGCUGGAUUUACUCAUAAAACAAUACGGAUAAGCCAGUCAUGGCUGAGGACUGAGGACAUUGUCUCUCAGCUGCGGCAGUAUGAGGACAAACCCAUGGAGAAAGUCCCAAGAAUCUUUCACUUUGACAUUCCUCCUGUGGUGACAAAAGGAUUGUACACAUUUCUGCUACACCUGUUUGUACUGAGAUGUUUCCAGAGUCCUGAUGGUAUCAUAUGGAGAUGCAAUGACUCCCACAUUUACUUGGUGGAAUAUACAAAAAGAAAGCACAGAGAAUGUGACCGGCACAGCUCAGAGAUAUCAUCUCAAGUAGAAGAUGCAUUUUUAGAAAUGUUGCCAAGUGUUAAGUGUCUUUCACCUGAGGACACCCUGAUACAUCUAAAGGAGAAGGAAUCAUACGAUAAAAACUACCAGCUAAUGGAUGAUUCAGAGUUUCGCAGUGAAGCCUUUCAGCGCACUUACCAGUACUUUAAAGCCUACAGACAAAAACAAGAUCAACUUGAGAGCUUCUCUUUCAAGCCCGAAUCUGUUGCAGAUUCACCAAAGGAAUGGCUGGAGUGUAUUUUGCAGUUCUUUGACAUUAAAAACCCAUCUUGGGGAGAAUUGAGGAAUUUCACACACUUUCUAAACAGCCAGUUGAAGAAAUGUGAAAAAUCAAUUUUUUGUAGCGCUGCCUUAAAAGAAGACCUGACAGGCUUUAAAAAAUUUGUUGUGAAAUUCAUGAUGACAAUGUCCAAGGAUUUUUCCAUGAGAUCCCUAAAGACAUCAGAUGACAGUGACGAGAAAUCAGAUGAAGCAGCAGCAGAAAACACAACUCUCCGAGAAUUUCAGCUCCGAAGACGAUGGGAACAACAGGCACAUCCCUACAUUUUAUUCAAUGCAGAUAAUGAGUCUAUGACAUUUUUAGGAUUCCACAUUCACAAUUUAAAUGCAGUUGAUUCUCGGACUAAGAUGGUAGUGGAAAAGAACAUUAUCGAUAAGAGACUUUUUGACCAAUUAAAGGCUCAGAAAGUGCCAUUUAACAUUGACUUUGAACAAAUGUCUCGUGAUGAGCAGCUUAAUAUUAUCGGCAGAGUGCUUGGAGUGAAUAUUGUGAAGGAUCCAGAUGAUACAUAUCAGCUGACAUUAGAUAAUGUGAUGAAAAUCCUUGCGAUUCACCUUCGAUUUGAGUCGGACAUUCCUGUAAUCAUCAUGGGAGAAACAGGAUGUGGAAAGACCCGAUUGGUCCAGUUUAUGUGUGACCUGCUGAGAUCAGGGAAGCAGACACAAAACCUGAUUGUGGUGCGGGUGCAUGGAGGCACAUCAUCAGAGGUCAUUUACAAGAAAGUGAGAGAGGCAAUUGAUAUUUCAAAAAAGAAUGAAGUCCAUCAUUUGGAUACUGUGCUGUUUUUUGAUGAAGCUAAUACAACAGAGGCUGUUAAUGCAAUCAAGGAGGUGAUCUGUGACAAGUCUGUCAAUGGAGAACAGAUCAACGCACCUUCCCUUAAGAUCAUUGCAGCAUGUAAUCCCUACAGGAAGCACUCAAAGGAGGCCAUAGAUCAACUGGAACGAGCUGGAUUGGGAUACAGAGUCAGAAGUGAGAAUACGGAGGAGAAACUUGGGCAGAUACCAAUGAGGCAGCUGGUCUACAGAGUUCAGCCAUUACCACCAAGUCUUACUCCUCUGGUGUGGGACUUUGGAAAGUUAAAUGAGCAUACACAGGAGCUCUAUAUCACACAGAUGGUCAAGACAUUCUUUCACAAAGAAAAACUUCCCAAUGCUAAGGAACAUCAGCUGUUAUUUACAAAGGUGAUCUCUGCCUCUCAGAAGCAUAUGGCAGAAUUAACUGAUGAAUGCCGGAUGGUCAGCCUCAGAGACAUAGAACGAUGCAUGAAAACAGUCAUGUGGUUUUAUCAACAAAAGAAAGAAUUAUUUCAGGAAAUUGAUAAAAAAAGAAAGAAAAAAGGAAGCAUUGAUGAUCUGGUUCGGUCUCUUAUUCUUGCAGUUGGAGUCUGCUACUUGGCAUCACUGGAGAAUCGGAAGAAAUACUUAGCACAAGUUUCAAAAGCUUUCUCUAUGUCCUGCAGUGACAUUGAGAAAGAGAUUGAGCUUUGCAAAAAAGUAUUCAUCUCAAAUGUUGACUGCCCAGCUUCAGUGGCAAAGAAUGAAGCUCUAAAGGAAAAUGUAUUCAUGAUGGUUGUAUGUAUGAACUUAAGAAUCCCAUUGUUCCUGGUUGGAAAACCUGGAAGUUCAAAAUCUUUGUCCAAGACAAUUGCUGCUCAUGCAAUGCAGGGUAAGGCUUCCCCAAAGAAUCUUUUUAAGGGAUACAAGCAGGCACAGCUGGCCUCAUUCCAGUGCAGCCCACACUCAUCUCCUGAUGGGAUCAUCUCAAUAUUCAGGCAAUGUGCACAGUUCCAGAAAGACAAAAAUUUGAAUGAAUAUGUUGCUGUUGUGGUCCUUGAUGAAAUUGGAUUAGCCGAAGACUCCCCAAAAAUGCCACUGAAAACAUUACACCCACUACUGGAGUACGGAUGUGUUGAUGAUGAAAGUCCUGAGGAGUUCAAGAAAGUUGGAUUUAUUGGAAUUUCCAACUGGUCAUUGGAUCCAGCAAAGAUGAACCGUGGCAUUUUGGUUCUGAGAACAUCUCCUGUCACAGAGGAGCUGAAAAACACAGCUCGUGAAAUUUGUUCAAAUGUUGAGGAACCGAUCAAGACAGAGAUUAAUACUUUGAUUCCCAAGCUUACUGACUUCUACUUAAGAGUGCUUAAAGAACAGAAAAGUGAAUUCUUUGGACUCAGGGACUUUUAUAGUCUUGUAAAGUUGAUUAUGUCCUAUGCCAGAGAAGCAAAUGACAGGCCAUCAGAUGAAGAUCUAACUAGAGCUGUGCGAAGGAAUUUUGAUGGUUUGGAUUCUCUAAAUGUUCUGGAAAUAUUCUGUGAUAUUUAUAAACAGAAAACAAAGGACUGUGAUAUUGUCUCACUGCUCAGAGAAAACCUGGACAGAGGGACUUCAGGGUUUACUUCUAGAUACCUUCUACUGCCAACAAUCAAUCACACUGCUCUUCAAAUUUUGAAAUCCCAGAAUAUCAUUGAUGACAGCAACACUGAAAUCAUCUUUGGAUCAGGAUUCCCACAUGAUGAAGAAUAUUCUCAGGUUUGCCGUACCGUAAACAGAGUAAAGACGUGCAUGGAGACAGGAAGAUCAGUUGUCCUGCUCAAUAUUCAGAGCCUUUAUGAGAGUCUCUAUGAUGCUCUGAAUCAAUGCUAUGUAAAACUAGGUGGGAGUUACUAUGUUGACCUCGGGCUAGGAUCUCAUAGAGUUAAAUGCAGAGUCAAAGAAGAAUUUCGACUGAUUGUCAUUGAAGAGAAAAGCACAGUGUAUGAGCAGUUCCCUACACCGCUGCUAAAUCGACUGGAAAAACACUGCUUGGAGAUUAGAAAUAUUCUUCCAUGCCAUGCUCAACAGAUGCAGACUGAAUUGGAAGAUUGGCUAGACUUAUUCGUGACACAGGAUUCAACUGAAAGUGACCAGCUCAUCACCACCAAGAAAAAACACGACACUAUAGUUGGCUACACAGAAGAUACAUGUGCUUCUGUACUUCUCCAGUGCUGUCCACAAAUCAUGGACUAUGAACUGGAUCAUGAUGAGAGAAAGGAAGUUCUUGAAAUGGCCCAGGAAAUGCUUCUUCAGUGUGCAACUCCAGAUUCAGUUUUGAGAGCAACAGAAUACACGAAGGAAAAUUCUGAGAAGUUGCUAGAGGUGUAUUUUGAAAAGCAACCACAUGGCAACCUAACAGAGGCUUUAAAAAAAUACACAGAGGCUAAAACUGAUGGAAUUUGUCUUGAGGUCUCCACGUAUUCUCGACUGCUCAAUAAAAGAGAUGUGGAGAAAAUCAAUAAGGAGCUUGGCAUUACAGAGAGCAAUUCCCGUCUCUUCCUACUGAAUGAAUUUUACACAGAGCAGUCAUUUUCUCAAACAGUGAGUGAAUUUCUUGGCACUGGUGCAGGAGCACGCAAACUCCUGCUACUGCAGUCUUACUUUGAUGAUCCAAAACAAAGUCAGCGACUUCUCUUCUGUGUGAGACACAGUAUUGCACGGAUCAAAAGUUCAGUCUCAGGUGGGACUGCCUUUGACAUCGUGCUUCUCACAAGGCUGCCCCGGAUUUCAGGAGGCUGUGGAUAUAUUGCAACAUUUGAAGAUGGCUGGGUUUCACUACACAUAGAUGAACUAAUUGUAACUCCAGGAUUUCCUGGUGACAUUUAUGACCUGCAGCGUCUGACUGUCUCAGAAAUUCUUGCAAAAAAUUCCUUCUCUGCUACAGAGGAUCCUGACAUGCAUAGUCCUGGAACUCCACACACCACCGAAAAACAGGAUCUCUUGGUUGACACACACUUGCUAAUGAAGAAGUCCUUACAGAAGGGUAUCUUGCAGCUGCGUGACAAAGCAGAUAACACUCAGAGAGCAACAAAACGUGUAGAAAUUCUACAUGGGCUGCUGCAAAAGAAAUACACUGUGUCUGAUGCUUUCAUGAAAUCACUGGAAAGGAGGAUAGUGCGUUUUCUUUCAGAGCAGGAGAAAAUGAAGGGAAAAGAGAAUUGGGUUGUUGCUCAAGCACUUACUGAUCACUUUGUUGCUGAAGGCAGCUCAUUUAGACAUGUUCUGUGGGUUUAUCUGGAGGACAGUGUAGCCUCAGCCCUAGCCCACAUUCUGGCAGUCAUUGAUGGAAACAAUAACCUGGAUAAUCUGAUCAAUGAUCAGCCUUCGGAAAAGGCUGAUUUGUGGCUGAAUGUAUUUCAGGAGGAUCAGUGGGAUCUGCUGCACAUUCCAGUCACUACCUAUCAAGGACCGGUAUCUGUUUUGUCAACGAGUGGAGACCAGACUAAGUCUUGGACAUGUCAUUUCCCAUUUAGCUGGGCUUUAAAAGAGAGAUGUGAGCAGAUUUGGUCAAGUGUCAUCAAUCUGAAGGGACCAUCUGUUCAGCCUGAUAAGGAGUACUUGGAGAAGUUUGAAGAGCUGAUAAAUCUUCCCUGGAUUAAAAGUAUCACAAAAGGCCAGUCAGGCCAGCUGUUUGCCAUCUUUUCUGAAGAUCUUGUAAACAUCUCAAUGCCAUCGUAUCCACAUGAGCUAAAUAAGGCUUUUUCAGAAACACUCAUCAGACUCACACCCCGUCUCUAUCACAAUUUAACGGGAAAUGAUCCUGACUGUGUCCCUAUGCUCUGGCUGUAUGUAGUUAAUAAAUACAUGCAUGACAACCAUCAACUUUUCUACAGUUUAUUUAUCCAAAACAAGGAUGUGGUCACUGCAGGGGAAGCAACUGAGGCACUCAGCCAGGUACUUCAAGGCCUUCAGCCAAAAGACAGUGAGCUGAAAGACUUUAACAGCUGCCAGGAGUGGCUAAAAACCGUGAAGUCCCUGUCUGUGACUGCUGACUUGAUCCUUUCAGAGGACUCUCUGGUCACACGUCAUGCUGAAAAUGCAGAAAUGCUAAAAACAAAAAUCAGUCUUCUCUGGCAAAGUACCUGGAUAAUCUAUCUACUGAUGGAUCAUCUCCUACAAAAUGAACAGGAAAUGGAAAAAAAAUUGCUGACCUUUCUUGUGAGAAAUUUAUUUUUUGCAUGGAAGAAACUAAACUCUGCAGAAGGGAAGCAGAUGGAGUUUGUGCUUGAUCAUGUCAUAGAGACUCUGGCUAAAUUCAGCAAGAAUGCUUGUAAUGUGUUCAAAGUCGUGUGUGGCUACUGCGAUAAAGACUUCACGGCAGAUGACACAGCUGAGCUGGAGUGUGGACACAUGUUUCACUUAUCUUGUUUAAAGGAGCACAGUGACACACAGUGUAGGAAGUGCAAAAAACAGAUCAAUCAAAAUUACAAACUUUGUGGAGCUGUGGCCAGAGAAACCUUUCUCAAAGUGAACAGAUUUCGAAGAAAGUGCAAUUCAUUCUUUGUGGAGUUCAUGUGGAACUUUGUGAGCAGCAAAGAGCAACUGACUGACAAUGUACUGAACAAACUCAUGGACUAUGUAAGAUGUUGCCCAUCUAUGGAAGCUACAAGUGACGAGUCCUCAUUACAGCAGUACAUGAACCCAGACCCUGCUGUCCAGUCUCUCAUAAUCAAGAUCCUACUGAAAUGCGGAAUGGAGGAAACAGCACCUCAGCUUCAAAGGUUCAUUGAAGAGGCUGUGAAAUCAAACCAGAGUAACGCUGAUGAAAUCUACUUCAUGGUGGUGCGCAGCAUCGAGGAUCAUAUCCACUUUUCCAGUCAAGGCUGUCUCAUCAACAAGGCAGUCAAAUGUCUUGGAACCUGUGUGUUCAACGAGUCUGACCAGAACAUGAUCUCUGAGGCUCUACACACCAUUGCAAAACUGCGGUUUGCCAUCACGGUUGCCUCUGAUGUCAUCAGGAGUGUACUGUCUGAAGAGGUUGCGGUUGAUGCUGAAGAGUGCAGACAUCUGCGAAGCUUGCAAGAGCUUUUGUCUAACACAGACAAUCCGUGGAUACAAAUAUUUCUGCUACGCAACAUCUGUGAGAUGCAUGGAUUCAGUCUCAUCCAUCAGCUUGGACAGAGUACAAAGUUCCAGUGGAUUAUACCGAGUCAGGUGUUGAAAGAACAGCAGGCCAUGUCAUCAGUGGAUCAGUUCCACAUGUAUGGACAAAUUUACAAGAAGAUUACUUCUGACUCCUUCAAAGCUUUAGAAGAGCCUUCACACGAGAUUGCAAAGGAAUCUGAUGAAAGCACUCCGUGUUUCCGGGUGUGUAUGGCAUUAGCUGCAGUCAGACAGGCCACACAGAACAGAGCCUCAACCAACAAUGCCGGCUCUCUGAUCUCCAAGAUGAGGAUGAAGUCAAACACAGACACCAGCUGGGAACAGCUCGUGAAAAUCUGUGAAUCGGCACUUGAGGAUUGCAGUCUGUGUCCGAUUGUUUUACACACUGCGCUAGUAGCACAAGUUUCUACAGCACCAGAGAUGAAACUGCUGAAUUCUCUGUGCUUCAGUCCAGGAACAUGCAAGGAUUUCUUCAUCCCAACUAUGCCUUACUCUAUAAAUGCAAUUAAAGACUGGGCUGAGGACAUGAAGAAAUCAGAAGGCAAUCUGAAAAUAUGGGCGUGUAGGUGUGGGGAACCUCUUUUAAUUGGCAAUUGUGGGCAACCAUGGGUAAACGCAGUCUGCGUUAACUGUCACAGUGCCGUUGGUGGUGAGAGACACAAUCCAGUAGAAGGGUUCACAGAAUUUGAUAAUGCACAGGGCAGAGGAAGAGUUCACAACCUUGGUGAUCCUAACAGUCGGAAGGAGCAGGAUGAAGAAAGGAGUCUUUAUGGUGCUAACCUUCACAUGGUGCGAGCUUUAAUACACUCCUCCAUGAUCUGGGGUUUGAAUGAACACGCUGAGGAGGUUCAGAAUCUCACAGAGAUGCCGCAAGGAGCACACGAUGUCAGGAAGCACCUCUUUGGCCACCUUCAAAAGGACAUUCAGCUGCUUGCCAAAGCUUUAGGAAAAAGUGAGCAAGAUGCUGAGAUGGCUGUCCACUUGUUUCUGAAGUUCAUCUUGGAGAGUUCCUCUGAUCCAAACAUCCAGAUCCAAAUAAUAGACAGUGAGGAGAAAAGGGAACAAUGGGAGAAAGUCCUUCACCAAAGACUUCAGGUCUUCUUUCAGAAUUUUGAGGCACAGUUAUUGGAUGUGCAGAGUAACAUUCUGAGACAGGCUGGCAUGGAAACUUUGGCACAAAUGAUCUACAGUAAGGAGCCAGCACUGGAGGACCUGCCCACCUCUGGAGUCUUCAAUCUUCCACUGAUGUGGAGCUUCGAGCAGAGGAUGACCAUCCAACGCUUUAGUCACUUAAUUGAGCAGAAUGAUGAAAGGAGAAAUGUUCCUGUUCUCUCAGAACUCCUGAAAAACCAUGUUCACAUUCAACACAUCAGAUAUCUUCCUCAAGUGCUGAGCCUUCAGCAGAAACUGAUGCGUUAUUUUGAGAACCUGGAUCUGCAGUGUUACAGUAAUGUACCCAUUAACACCUUUAGGAAGGAGAAUGUGGCAGAUUAUGAGCAGCAGGCCUUCAGUGAAAGUGCUGAAAUUGUGAUGUCAUUAUGGAAAUAUCUAAAGUCAAUCAACUACUCACAGUUAACAGCCGAGCAGAAGGAAAAAGACGAGAACGACUUCACAAUUCUGGACCUCCUGCCAACAGAACACUCUGCCACUCAGAUUAUAACAAAGUACCUCGUACAGAUGCAGAAUUACUUCAUACAAAGGACGAACCCUGCACCAAACAGGGUAAUCACUGCUAAUGAGCUCAAGCCUUCUCAUGUCAUCACCUGUGUUCCUGAGCAAGACUUUCUGACUAUUGCCAUUUCAAACAUCGACCAUGUGGUGUAUGAGGAUGGGAAACAGAGCACCAACUAUAACUUUAAAACUGUGGAGAGGCAGAUAAUAGAUCGUUUCUUCACAGGGAAACCCACGAUCGAAGUCACUACGCUUCCAUUAUUUGAAUAUGACCCAGGAACAACGCUGCGAGCCUUUUUCAGCAAAGUGCAGGACAAGCUGGAGCCCUUGAACACAAACGACAGGAAUUGUAUCAUGAAUGAUUUCCAGUUUUUGAAUGAAAUCUCGGCAGCGCUUUCCACUCUACGGAUUGUUAUUGGAUUUCUGAAGCUUUCAUUUCCUGCACCGGAGCAGAAGCUCAUGUCAUACCUGAAGAAAGACCUGAAACUUGACGACAGAGCACAUACACUGAACUUACAGGUGCUGAGAUCCAGCCAGGUGAAGCACAUUCAGUCUCUGUGGGAAACUCUGUCACUGAGACAGUCAUCACUGCUCAUCGAGAUGAAUCAGAAUCCCUUUAUCAUGAUUGAGGAUCGCAGUUUUCACGAGAUGUUUACAGAAGAGCAGAAGAAUGAAAAUAAGACCGUUCUGGCAAACAUUACUAACUUGGAUGUUCUCAUCACAGAGCUUCACUAUGUGAUCCUGAACAUCAAGCACAAAGCUGUUCAUCCAAACUGGACAAUUCUGGAAACAUUUAACGCCUUCCGGGAUUGUGAUGAGAUUUCCGAGAAGGCCAUUGAGUGUCUGAAGGAUCUUGAGGAGAUGAAGAUGAGCCACAGUAUCGCUCUGUGGAAACUCGCAGUGCAAAUCAAGAAAGGGAUAAAAAACACCAGAUCCAUGUGAAGUGAAGCUGUGGGUGUCCAUUAAUGUUACAAAGAUUCAUUACUUUAACACUUACUGCAAUGAGAAUUUCUUUACUUUACCUUUUUAUUGAAUCUCUGUUGGAUAGCACAUUCAUGUUAAAUGUCAAAGCAUUUAAACUCAAACAGAAAUGAAUAUAGCCUUCUAAAAAGCAACUAUAUUUAGAAAUAAUGGUAUUUGAUGUGAAAGUAGAAAAUCUGCAUUAAGCCUUGAAAAAUUAUAAUUUUCUUUUUAGCUAUUGAACUCCUGACUUUGUCAGGAGGAUUUAUUCAUUGAGGUUAAUUAUGAUAUUAGGAUUAUAGAUUAAGGAUUAAGUAAUUUAGGAGGUGGAGAUUUAAGGUUCCUGCUUUCUUUCUGUGCUGCAGUCAUCACUAUGAGGCUGAUCUGUGCUCUGAAUGUCUUUGAUUGGGCUUUGAUGAUUUAUAAACAAAUAAAAAUGAUGAUAAUCCAA